UGUAGUAAUUCGAUCCCUGUUGUGCAAUUUUAGGAGCUGGGAAUCAUCGCUAUUUUAUGGGAUACCUGUUCUUCCUGCUUUUUAUGAUCUGCUGGAUGAUUUAUGGCUGUAUCUCUUACUGGGGUUUCCACUGUGAGACAAGUUACACAAAGGAUGGAUUUUGGACCUACAUUACACAGAUUGCUACCUGUUCUCCGUGGAUGUUUUGGAUGUUUCUAAACAGUGUGUUUCACUUCAUGUGGGUGGCAGUGCUACUCAUGUGUCAGAUGUAUCAGAUAUCUUGCUUGGGCAUCACAACAAAUGAAAGAAUGAAUGCAAGAAGAUACAAGCACUUUAAAGUUACAACCACAUCUAUUGAAAGCCCAUUCAACCACGGAUGUAUAAGGAACAUUAUAGACUUCUUUGAAUUCAGAUGCUGUGGUCUUUUUCGUCCUGUUAUUGUGGACUGGACAAGGCAGUAUACAAUAGAAUAUGACCAAACUUCAGGAACAGGCUACCAGCUGGUGUAGCACCACCUUCAUCCUGUGAGCAUAUCAUGCUGAGUGGUGCCUGAAAUUCUUCUCUCUCUCUCUCUCUCUCAUCCGCAUCCCUUGAAGAGUAGCAUGCUAUGUGUAGGGCUGAUGAGGAAUCAUAAAGGUACCUUCUCUUCAUAAGAAUUUUAUUAACAAACGUAAAAAUGGACAGAAUAAACUGCCAAACCUGAUAAGGAAGAGGAGGAAUAUCAAAAAAGGGAUUUUAACAGUUCUUAACAUGAGAAUUAUUCAUGACAGCAUAUUCACAGUAUUUGUUGUUGGUUUUUUUAUUUAAAGUCUUUCACAAUGGAGCAUGAGAUUAUUGAAGUAUUGACAUAAUUAGUAAUGUUGUGCUGAGCAGAAAAAUUUGUUUCCCGAUAUCAAUAAUUCCACUGAAACAAGAAUCUAGAAUACAAAACUAAAUCUCCUGAUACAGAGUUCACUGUUCGCUAUGUUGUAGUUCCUGUAACGUGAUUUUUUUUAAUACAGAUUUUCUCUAGUAUGAUGUACAUUGAAAAAUGUGCUUUUCAGUACUGUUAUAAACAUUGUACGGUGGGGAUCCCCUGUAACAUGUUAAGCUAUAGUAGUAGCGCACGUCAGGUAAUGUUGAGAAAAAAUACGUUGCCCACAUUUUUUGGUGAUUUGUUUUCGCCACCAGUUAGUGGUGCAACUAAAUAUUUGUAAUAACCCUGUUCUGAGGUAACCUAGUCUGAUAUAAACAACUGCACCAAUAAGGAAAGCUUUUCUGUCAAAGUUGCAGCCCUGCUUAAAUGCAUGAUACACCGGCAAAGUUAGUUUACAGUAUCUAAUGUUCAGGGGGAAAAAAAGUGGGGGAAAAAAAUCAUUAUCUCUGAAGUAAUUGUAUAAGCAACUUCCUAGCAGUGUUUUAGUAUUAGGUUUGGUCCUCAUACAGCACAGUGUAGUGUAAUUGGAGACAUUGUCGGAAGAGAAAUAGCAUGGGGGGAUACCACAGAUGUUGAAAGCAAGUCUCAGUUACAAAAAGACAAGAUAGUUUUAAAUUGAAUGCAACUGUAGAAGAAGAACCCCGAGUUGCCUGAAAUGC